CGUGCGUGCGUAAUGACGUUGGCGUGCGUUGUGAUGUCACCGCGCCGCCCUGAGGAGUCUAUGUGAGAAGGGGGUCCUAUGUAUGUGUGUGCGCCGCUCUCUCCUUCGGCCGGAGCUGAGCCCGAGGGUCCGGGGUCUGAAGCUGCCUGAUAAAGAGGAGGAAUUGCAAGAAACCCACGGAGAUCCAGCUCUUUGCAUCAACAAAGCCUGCCUUUCCAUGCCAUCCUGCGUGUCUGCUAGCAGGGAAAUCAGCAUUUUGAUUUGUGCCCUUGUGGUGAACCCCAAGACUUGAAGUUGAAAACAUGUGAGGGGAUUUUCUCCCCCUGUGCCUCCCUUGACCCUCACGGUGGGCAAAUUGUUGCUAACCAUGAUGUUCCGGGACCAGGUGGGCAUCCUCACUGGCUGGUUCAAAGGCUGGAAUGAAUGCGAGCAGACAGUGGCUCUGCUCUCCCUCCUCAAACGCAUCUCUCGCACCCAAGCCCGCUUUCUGCAGCUGUGCCUGGAGCACUCACUGGCAGACUGUACCGAAAUCCAUGUUUUGGAAGCUGAGGCCAACAAUGCAGCUGUCAUCAGUCAGUGGCACCAAGAGUCAAAAGAAAAGGUGGUUUCCCUACUCUUAUCCCACCUGCCUCUUCUCCAGCCUGGCAACACAGAUGCAAAGUCAGAGUACAUGAAGCUCUUGCAGAAGGUGCUGGCUUACUCCAUCGAGAGCAACGGCUUCAUAGAGGAGAGCAGGCAGCUCCUCUCUUAUGCCCUCAUCCACCCGGCGACUACGCUGGACGACCGCAACUCCCUGGCCCUCUGGCUCAACCACCUCGAAGAACACCUUUCCAGCAGCUACUCCAGCCAAGGAAGGGGACGACCUGACACGGCCUAUCACUCGCGCCAAGGCUCCGACGAGUGGCAAGGGCCAGUGGACACAGGCCUGGGAGACCUGGGACAUGGCUGGCAGGAGAAGCCACCGCGGGAAAAUGGUCACAUGUCCUUCCACCCUUCUGGCUCCGUGCCGUCAGCUAUCAACAGCAUUGGGAGCAGCACAAACACAGCAUUCCCCUGCCAAAUCCACCCCAGCCCUCUGAAGCGCUCCAUGUCCCUCAUCCCCACCAGCCAGCAGGUCCCCGGCGAGUGGAUGAGCGUGGACGAAAUGGGUGUCCGGCCAUCCUUCAUCUCCGGCGGAGAGCAUGCGCCCCUUUCUCCCCAGAGCAGUGUGGCCUCUUCAGGCAGCGAGCAGACAGAGGAACAGUCUGGUAGUCGCAACACCUUUCAGGAGGACGGAAGUGGCAUGAAAGAUGUACCCUCCUGGCUGAAGAGCCUUCGCCUCCACAAAUAUGCAGCUCUUUUUUCCCAAAUGACCUACGAAGAGAUGAUGACACUCACAGAGCAGCAUCUGGAAUCUCAGAAUGUGACCAAAGGAGCAAGGCACAAAAUUGCCCUCAGUAUCCAGAAGCUGCGGGAAAGGCAAAGUGUCCUAAAGUCUCUGGAGAAGGACAUCCUGGAAGGUGGUAAUUUGUGGAAUGCUCUCCAGGAGCUGCAGCAAAUCAUCAUCACCCCCAUCAAAGCCUUCCACGCCCUGCAGGCCAUGGCAGCAUCGAAGGAGAGCCAGCAACUGGCAGCUGAACAGCAGCAGCACGGAGCUCCUGCGCUGGGCCUGGAGAAAAGCAGCAGUGGUCCUGAGGACAAGGAACCGACCCCAGACACUUUCCCACCUGCAACAGGCUCCCCUUGUGAUGGAGAGUCAGGGGCAGCACCAAUUGCUGAAGGAGACAUCCCAGGGCAAUUCACCCGGGUGAUGGGCAAAGUGUGUACGCAGUUGCUGGUCUCACGGCCGGAUGAGGAGAACAUCACUAGUUAUCUGCAGCUGAUAGAGAAGUGCCUGAUGCAUGAGGCAUUCACAGAGACACAGAAGAAGAGGCUCUUGUCUUGGAAGCAGCAGGUGCUGAAGUUACUCCGGACCUUUCCAAGGAAGGCUGUGCUAGACAUGCAAGGCUACCGCCCACAGAAAGGAUGGGCCUUUGGUUCCAACUCUCUCCCCAUAGCUGGAUCUGUGGGGGUAGGGGUGGCACGCAGAGGACAGCGGCAGUUCCAGAUGCCCCCCCGCGCCAUCCCUCCAAGUCGCCUGGGGAUCCUGAGUCCUGCGGGGAUUGCAGGGGUCUCCCCUCGGCAUGCACUCGCCAGCCCAAACCUGGGGAACCAAGGACGGCAAAACCUGUGGUUUGCCAAUCCUGGAGGCAGCAACAGCAUGCCUGGUCAGAGCCGCAGUUCUGUCCAGCGGACUCAUUCACUACCCGUCCACACGUCCCCUCAGGCCAUCCUCAUGUUCCCACAGGAUUGCCAGCUCCCUGGGACAGAUCUGGAGAUCAACCCCACGCUGGAGUCCCUGUGCCUCAGCAUGACAGAGCAUGCGCUGGGCGAUGGCACCGACAAAACUUCCACCAUUUGAAAGAAGCUGGAUCUGCUCAUGUUCCUGAGAAGCUUUAGGGUGGCUGUUUAUUUUUUUCCUCCUCCUCCUCUUGUUUCCCCUUUCCCCCUCAGGACUUGUCGCUGUGGGGGUGGGUGAACCACUUGUCCCCCUGCCCCCCUCCCCGAAACCACCUUCAGCAUUCCCUAGCAGAUGGAGGGAACAGGGGACAAAAAGCUUGUCACUACAAUCUUACCAUCUUAUUGUGUUCUAAUAUUUUUCUACUUUUUAUUAUUAUUAUUGUUAUUAUUAUAACUUCAGCUAUUGGUUUAAUAUUUUGAUGUACAUGGGAGUUGGCAGAUUUUUCUCCCAGACGUUUAACUUGCCGAGGGCAGGAGAAGGCUGAAUUUGGGCCAUGUAAUUAUUCCCUUUCCUCUUCAUGGUUUUUUCCUCUCCCCUUUCUUUCUCUUUCCUCACUUUUCCCCAGCCUUCUGUGCCCCGACCCACCUCUUCCUUUCCUCCUUUUAUUUUUUUUGUGAGGAAGGAAGGAAGGGGGAGCCAAGGCGAUGAGCAGAAGGCCAGGUAUUCACAUGGGAGGGAAAGACUUGGCAUUGUUGGCAAAGGUGCCAUCACUGCCUAGUUAAAGGGGAGCAUGCAAAAGCUAGUUUGGUUUGAGGCUUACUCAACUGCUAGCCGUCUUUCCCUGGUAUUUUAGGAGAAGUGGGGAGCAGGGGGGAUACAGGUAACUGACAAUGUUUAAAAGAAGUGCCUCUAAUAUUUCCUCCUACCAAAAGCAGUUGGCAAGGGGCAGAUUAAACGGGGGGGGGGGGGGUAGUGGGUGGCCUACAUUAGCAGGUGUCGACUCGGCUUCAUUUCUUAUUCUCAGUGAAGCGUUGCUUGUGGAAAGCCCCUCGGAAGGCCUGGAGAGGAGAAGCUGACGGGUGAUAGGGUGGGGAGCAAGAUGUGGACCCUAGCAGCCAACCCCUAGUAGUGAGGAUGUGACUUUUUAACUCCUUAGGUUGCUGCCUUUUGAGUCGGGAGAGUUUUCCGUGUAGUUUUGUUGAAGCAGUUCCAAGUGAGUGUUUUUAGGGAUCUGUCAGCAGUUUGGGGUUCAGGAGCAAAUGUUCUCAGUUGAGCUGGUUUAGGAUUCCUUGUAUAGAUGCAAGAUUCUUUUCUGUUCACCCCAGUAAUGGCAAGAUUUGGGGGGGGAGGGAGGUUUGCAGAAGACUGGCAUAAGAUAAGCAGUUCUGUGGUGAAUCUUGAAAGCUGAGUCAUGAAUUUUCUACAGUUCUUUAGCAAAGGUGGGUUUUUUUUGGGGGGGUGCACAGUUGACUGUCUGUCUUCCUUAACAUUAGGGGGUGUGGGGCAUACAGACAGACUGGACCCAGCAAAGUCUGACUUCCAUGAGGUUGACCCCUACAGGAAUUUCAGUCCAGCUUACAGUGGUGUCUUUGAGCAUUUGGGCUUUGUGGCGAUAAUGAAUUGGCAGGCGCAACCUGGUGUCCUGGGUAAGAAGAAUCCAAUGAACAGACACUGGGGGACCAAGUGAUUACCCAUCGCCUUUUAACAGGGAGGGAAGGGGAGACAUCCCACACCCAAUAUGGAUCCAUGUAGGGCAAGGGAAAAAAAACAUUUGCGGGCAUUUGCUUUUAAACCAAACACUACAGGUGGGUGGGGGCAUAAAUGCUUGGUUCUAGCAUCUUCCCCUUCUUCCAAAUCCUAGAGCAAGUAUUUGGGAUAUCAUUCUGUAACUCCUAGUUUUCAUGUAACUUUAACUCAGUGGUUCCCAUACUUUGGUCUUCCAGGUUGUGUUGGACUUCAUCUUCCAGAUGCCCCGGCCAGGUUGGUCAGGAAUUCUGGGUGCCAAAGUUUGGGAACCGCUGUUUUAACUAUGAAAGGAAGAAGAGGGGGCAACGCAGCUUUCAUUUAACCACACUUAUUUCCCCCCCCUUCUUUUCUUUUUUUUAACAUGAGGCCAACCCAGAAACCAUGCAGUCUUGAACAAAGCAUGGACCGGGCCUUUUGACACCAGAAAUCCAGGAUUGAUGCUGGUGUUGAGGGACCUCUAUGAAGUUCAAAGCGGUCGCCAAACUGGGGUACCAAAGCUUGUCAGGUUUUCUGUAAGAGGCUAGAUGGAGAGAGGAUUGCUGGGUCUUUCUUACCUCUGAAUCUACUUAGUGUGCAUGUGUGUCUGUGUGCGUGUGUGUUUGUACACAAUCUUGUGCAUGUGAGCGCUCUUCCUCAGCCGCUGUCUUCACAUGAUGGGUAAUUCUGACCUUGGCAAGCUGUUAGGUACAGAGGAAUUUUCUUCUCCUUUUUCCUCCUCCUCCUCCUCCUGUUCUUCCUUCCAGAACUGUUUUAAAUAUAAAGGCCUUUUCCAAAGUAUAUACUGAACAGUAGCAUCCAAAAAAAUACAGAAAAAGAACACAAAAAAAGUAUACAAAAAAUACAAACACACAAAAAAAAUUAUCCAGGACAGAAGACCAGAGAGAACUAUUUCUAAGAGAAAAAAGAAAAGUAGAGAUACAAGGUUCCUGUUUCAGAUAGAAAUGUUAUUUUAGAUACAUUUUAUUAUGAAUAACUUUUGUUAUGACUAUGGCUGGUAACCAUGAAUACGUUAUUUAAAAAAAAAACACAAAAUGUUUUACAAAAAUAAUAAUAAUAAUAAUAAUUCCAGAUUCUGACUUUAGAUCGCUUUGUUGGACUCCUUUGCUGCUCCCCCCCCCCCUUUUUUCCCCCCAGUUUUGUUUUUGUUUUUGCUUUGUAAAAGGCAUACAGAAUUUAAGUAUUAGCCCUUUUUUAUUAAUCUCUAUGAUAAAGCUGUGCUUAUUUUGUAUUAA